AGUCUUGGCGAAAAGGAGGAGGAAGGAGGUUCAGAAGGCAGUGAGUUGAAGAACCAGUGAUGAUCAUGAAUCCUCAACCGGCCUCCCUCCUCUUUACUCUCCUUCUCUGCCUCUCUCAGUUUGCAAGGCCGACCUUCGCCGGGCGCCAUAACUACGCAGAGGCAUUAAGCAAGAGCAUCCUCUUCUUCGAGGGCCAAAGGUCAGGCUAUCUCCCCCGCAACCAGAGAGUCUCAUGGAGAUCCAACUCUGCCCUCCAUGACGGAAAGCUACAAGGGAUAGACUUGGUGGGAGGGUAUUAUGAUGCAGGAGACAAUGUGAAGUUUGGACUGCCCAUGGCGUUCACGGUGACGAUGCUGUCAUGGAGUGUAAUGGAAUACCGGCGGCAGAUGGCUGCGCACGGCGAGCUCCGCCACGCCAUGGAGGCCAUAAAAUGGGGGACCGACUACUUCAUCAAGGCCCACCCUCAACCCUACGUCCUGUAUGGCGAGGUGGGUGAUGGAGAUACAGACCACUACUGUUGGCAGAGACCAGAAGAUAUGACGAGCUCCCGGUUUGCCUACCGGAUUGAUGCGAACCAUCCGGGUUCCGACCUCGCCGGAGAAACAGCGGCUGCCAUGGCCGCCGCCUCUUUGGUUUUCCGUCAUUCAGAUCCUCACUAUGCCAAUGAGCUCCUGAUUCAUGCCAAACAGCUAUUUGAAUUCGCGGACACAUAUAGAGGGAAGUACGAUAACAGCAUCACGGUGGCACGGAAAUACUAUCAGUCGGUCAGCGGAUAUGCGGAUGAGCUGCUGUGGGCUGCAGCGUGGCUGUACCGAGCAACUAAGAGGUCUUAUUACCUGGACUACCUGGCAAACAAUGGGGACGCUCAUGGGGGAACCACUUGGUCCAUGACCCAGUUCGGCUGGGACGUCAAGUACGCCGGCGUCCAAGUCCUCGUUUCCAAGAAAUUGACAUUUUUUUCGUUGGGUGGUGGUUCUAUCUGCUGCCAUGUGCAGUUUCUGAUGGAGGGAGCAUCGCCGAAGCAUGUUGAGGUAUUCCGGAGGUACCAGGGAAACGCCGAGAAGUUCAUGUGCUCGUGCUUGGGGAAGAGCGGCGGCGGGGGCCGCAACGUGAGAAGGACGCCCGGCGGCCUUCUCUACCUGCAGCACUGGAACAACCUCCAGUUUGUCACCUCCGCCUCCUUCCUCCUUUCCAUUUACUCCGACCUCCUCUCCUCCUCCCGCAGCAGCCUCAGGUGCUCCUCCGGCGCCGUUGCGCACCCGGCGGAGCUUCUCCUUUUCGCCAAGUCUCAGGUGGAUUACAUCCUUGGUGACAACCCAAGAGGAACGAGCUACAUGGUUGGCUACGGGAUGAACUAUCCUCGACAUGUCCAUCACAGAGCGUCUUCCAUAGUCUCCAUUAAAGUGGAUCCUACCUUCGUUAGUUGCAGAGGCGGAUACAGCACAUGGUUCAGCAAGAAAUCUGGCAAUCCCAACUUGCUGGUUGGGGCAGUGGUGGGUGGCCCUGAUGCGUAUGACAAUUUUAUUGAUGACAGAAGCAACUACCAGCAGACUGAACCUGCAACAUAUAACAAUGCUCCACUUUUGGGGGUGCUUGCUAGGCUAAGUGGUGGGAUCAAUGGAGCACCUACGUACCAGCAUCUUCUUCCAGGUCCAGUUCCUAUAUCAGUGACCCAAGUCGUCACCAAGUCCUGGAUUGCCAAGGGAAGAGCCUAUCACCGUUAUUGGGCAUUCAUCCACAACCGAACCCGGAGACCGGCGAAGAACAUUCGAUUAUCCAUUGGAAAACUUUAUGGUCCAAUAUGGGGAUUGACAAAGGUUGGUAGUGUUUACAGACUCAAGACAAGGUCUCAGACACUGAGACCGGGCCAAGUCGUGCACAUAGCCUAUAUCCAAGCAGCUGGUCCAGCUAUUAUAAAGGUUUCAAGUUAUCAACCCGCGUAAAGAGAAGAGCACAAAGUAAUGAAAGAUGUGAGCUUCUUGGAAGGUACAUUGCCUUAAUUUUGCUAAUCAGAAUCAGUUGAUUGACUUAUUGUACUGGAGUAAAGAUCUUGAGUGGCGGUGAGGAAACAACCUGUCCUUUGGGUGGUGGCUCUGGAAACCUAUGCUGAACGAAGAGUUUUGGUUUAGUAAAGGAAAAAGAGAAUGAAGGGAUGUGGCGAUCUGUUGGCAGUAAACUUUUUUGUGGAUUGGUAGUUUCUUUUAAUGGGGAGCUCAGAAAUGCAAUGCCCAUCUCUGUAAAUUAGCUUCAGAGGUGAGAGGAAUGCAGAGAAGAGCCAGAUUUGUUGAGAAUGCUCAUCCUCAUCCUCCUCCACCUAUGUUUUUUGUUAACUCAAGAUUGGGAAUCUAAUAAAUAGUUAUUGCUCAUCGCUAUCU